UGCUGUCAGUCCAACUGAGUUUCUCCAGCACUUUCUGUUCUGGCAGCUGGUCAUGAAGCUUGCGGGAGCUUGCUGUGCGCGAACUGGCUGCCGUGCUUCCAAGCAGGGACUUUAAAACUAUUUCACUGUCGUAGAGGGCCCCGAGGAACCCCUCCAGAGUGGUGAGAUGUGCUAUAUAAAUAUGAUUUUUGUUCCUAUGUUUCUUCCCCUUCGACAGCUCCGAAAUGCCCUUGUUGUUGGGUAGGCCUCACUGACGUCAGAGGCUGGCUGGAACCAAGAUGGCGGCGGGUGGUGCUGAGUGGGUGAGAGGAGAGGAUCUCCCGGAGCUUGAAGGCCGCUCCAGCUUCUGAUUCCAAUUUCGCCUGCCUUCCCCGCUUCCAUUAAACCACUACUCUCUGCGGGGACGGGGAUUAUGCCUUGUCCCCGAGGCCGGGACCCGAGUGCACAAUGCUGCGUUCCACCGAGUUUUUCCGCAGCAUCGAGUGCCCGUUUUACGGCGGCGGUAGCGGCGAUGGCGGCUCCUGCAACCGGCCUUAUUGUCACUUUCGGCACCGCAGCCUGAAGCCCAGGGAGAAGUCGGAGGGAGAUGGGCAGUGUCUAGCAGCCGACCGAGAACAUGGAUAUGAUCCUUAUAAUCCUGAGCUUCCUAAGGGUUCAUCAAGAAAUGGAGAUGGGAUAUCAAGUGAAUUUACAGAAUCCAGCUCCAGUACGCUCGAAUUGGAACUGGUCAACAAAGCCAUCGAAGUUGUCAAGAAUGAAGUUGAACAAGAGCAGAAAAGGCUGUUGCAUUAUGAGGAUCUUUUAGAUACUGAAGAGGAAUAUGUCCCUUCAGUGCCAUCCACGCAGAAGGCACUUGGCAAGAACAAGAAUUGCACAGAGCUUUUACCUAUUGAGGAUGAGCUGACAAACUCUUUAGAAUAUAAUCCAGACAGUUAUGGUCUAAAUAGCAGCGUAGAGUACACCCCUACUCCACUUGCACUUACUGCUUGUUUCAGUAAGUAUACUUUGGACACAGACGAUGAAGCUGAUGUAAAAGGUAAUUCAUUAAAAUAUGUUCCAACGCUCAUGAAUAAGCCAGUCAAAUGUUCUACCUCCAUACCCAGUAAUAAAUAUGUAAUUGACAACACCAAGCCAUGCACUGAUCUAGAGUAUGAUCCUUUGUUAAAUUAUUCAGCACGGCUAAUGAACAAAAAAAGGACAAAAGAACCUGGAACCAAGAGGCCCAGAGAGAACCGCUCAGAAGAUUGCUAUACACCUGCAGGAAAGAAGCGUUGCCAUCGCUUGAACUCCAAGAUCUGUGAUGAGGAAAUGGAGUUUUCAGACUCAAGAAGCAAACUUAAUGAUAACUAUCCGCAAAGUCUUGGGGACACUUCAAAGUUUCAAAAUGCUGUGCUUUGUGACACCAAACCUGAUGGAGGAUUUCCUUCAAAGGCUAAAGAUUUGAAUAAACGGUCAGUGAAAGAGAUUGCGGUUCAGUAUGAUGUAGGUGAUGUUUGCUGUUUUGAAAACAAACGACACAAGAAUAGAGAAAAACAAAAAUUGAAGUCUAAUAGACAUUCAUCUAAGGUUUCAAGAGUUAAUAAAGACAAACCCAAAGGACAAGAGCAUAAGGAUAAAAAGAAUAAAAGUGGUGAUCUGAAUGGCUCAAAGCUGAAGGCAUGCAAUGACAAAGUGGGCAGCACGAAAAUCAAAUCUUUCCACCACACAGAGAAAAAUAACAAAAAGGAGAAAAUAACUUGUGAAAAAGAAAUUAAACAAGAAAAACAAGAGGAGACAUUUAGACACAAAGAAAGGAAUGGGGGUAAUUCAGUUGUUGAAAAGAAGCAGAAAGGAGAUGACAAAAGCAAGACCAAAGAAGAAAAGCAGAAGUUUAAAAAUGGAAAUUCUGAUAGAAAGGUGGAUAAAUCAAAAAUGUGCAAAUUAGAUGAGGUAAGGGGUGAAAACAAAUCAAAAUCUAGGUCGAAUAGUUCAUUAGAUAGUGCAGGAAAGAUCAAAUGUCAUGAAGUUAAGAUCGCAAGUAUCCAGAAGUCUGACAAAAAUAAUGGCAACUCCAAAUCUAAAGCAUUGACGCAUAAAAAUGGGAUUCAUAUUGGUAGCAAAAGAAAAGAGGAGCUGAAGGAGUCAAAAUCUAUGAAAGUUAAGACAAAGCAUCCAGAAAAAAAAGAGAAAGCUUGCUUAACAAAACGAACACUCAGUCAUACUGACUUGUUUGGUGAUGACAGUAGUGAUGAAGAAAGUACUGAUAAACCUGCCGCUGCCAUGUCUUGUGAAUUAGAUUCAGACUCUGACCACGAUCUGUCUGCUAGCACCAAUUCCACUGAUAAUGAAAAGGGAGAAAGUUGUGUGCAACACUCCAUACCUUCAGAAGAUGAAGAUGAAAUUGAUUUGCCUGGCCUUGAAAAGGAGUUUGAAUUUGAAUCUGAUCCUAUGGAGGAAUGUCUAAGGAUUUUCAAUGAGUCUAAGGAAGUAAAGAAUGAAGAUAAAGGCCGAGUUUCUAAGCAGGUGUCUUUGGAAAGUAAUGAAGGAAAAGAAUCUAGUCUAACCACACUUUUCCCAGGGCAGAAAAGGAGAAUUUCUCACAUUUCAAAGCCUGAAAACGUAGAGCCAGCCAAGCCGAUCAUCCGUCCUUUUCGUAGACUUACUGCCCAAGAGGUUUGUUACCAGCGGAGUUUGAUGGCACAGCAGCAAGCGGCACAGCUGGCAGAAGUGGAAAAAGUAGUUAAUACACCUUUCAGCAAUCGAGGGGAGAAGAGACGAAUUGCACAUAAACCAAAAGCAGAUGUUAUGCCCUUGGCAAAACAAUCUCCAAUCAAAUUGAAGAUGGAAUCUUUAAGUAGAACAGUACCAUCUCCGAAUUGUCCAAGGAACAGCAGCCUCAAUUUAAAAUGUCAAACUACUGCUGGUAUGGCAUCAAAGACUGUGUCCACCACAUCACAGAAGAGGAUAGCUCAUGCUCCCACUUUGAAGUCAAGCUUGAAGAGACCCACAAUUCCAACAGAAUAUGGCUCCAAAGUUCCAACAAAUGUGAGACAGCGGUAUUUGAAUGUCUUCAUUGAUGAAUGUCUGAAAUUCUGCAGAUCCGAAGAAAUAGCCUAUGAAAAGGCUUUAAGUGAAGAGAAGAUUGUAUAUAACCGAAGUACCAGUAGAACAGUAUAUUUGAAUGUUGCUGUAAAUACGUUGAAGAAGUUGAGGAGUCAAAGUGAUGUCAUUCCGUCACCUGCAAAGAAGACUGUCUCUGUAAGCACAAGCAAGAAAGUCCAGUCGCAUGAAACGUUGCUUGGGGGAAAGUUGGCCAUGAAAACAAGUUUCACGCUCAACAGGUCUGGGAAGCAACAAGAUGUUGAACUGACAGGUGCUACGCUGUACAAGAGGCUGAGCGAAUAUGUUUUAACUGAAGAGCAAUUACAAGAAAAUUGCUACCCAAGACCCCAUCCAGAGAAGCCUGGUGUUGCGGUGCUUUAUAAUCAGGAUGUGAGAAAGAAUAAUACUGACUCUUUAAUAAGGGUUUGCUGUCGGUGCGGAGCUGAAUACAGUGUUUCUGUUAGCGGGGAUUGUAUCCGCAAAGAAGAGUGCAACUACCACUGGGGACGAUUACGCCGACAAAAAAUACCCGGUGGCUGGGAAACACAGUAUAGUUGCUGUGGAGGAGCAGUAGGAUCUGCAGGAUGUCAGACAGCAAAGCAACAUGUUCAGGAUGGUCGCAAAGAAAAUUUAGCUGGUUUCAUGAAGACGUUUGAUAAAGAAAUGCCACCGGAUGAAAACCCAGGUAUCUUUGCAUUGGAUUGUGAGAUGUGCUACACAAAACAAGGUUUGGAGUUGACCAGAUUGACUGUUAUCAACCCGGAUCUAAAGGUGGUGUAUGAUACGUUUGUCAAACCAGACAACAAGGUUAUCGAUUAUAACACUAGAUUUUCUGGUGUAACAGAGGAGGAUAUGGAGAGUACGACAAUCACUAUUCGUGAUGUACAGGCAGUAUUACUGAACAUGUUCAGUGCUGCAACCAUAUUAAUUGGGCACAGCUUGGAAAGUGAUUUAUUUGCACUAAAGCUUAUUCAUAGCACAGUGAUUGACACAGCAGUUGUAUUUCCACAUCGACUGGGAUUGCCGUAUAAGAGAGCACUGAAAAAUCUGAUGGCAGACUACCUCAAACGCAUCAUUCAAGAUAAUGUUGAAGGACACGAUUCCAGUGAAGAUGCAAGUGCCUGCAUGGAAUUAAUGAUGUGGCGUUUGAAAGAAGAUGCAAAACUGAGAAGAUGACAUCUCCUGUCUUUUGUCGCAUGUAGAGGACUGAAUGUUGCCAACAAAAGUCAUAAAUAACAUUAUGUAAUACAGAUGUUGCGAUGUGUAAUUAUUUUGCAGAACAAAAGGCAGAGUUUAGGUUGUUAAAAGAUGAUCCAGAACUGCCUUUUUUGUUUACAGUAUUUAUUUGUUUUUAUAUGUAUAAAGAUCUUGUCACAAAAUUACUCCACAUUAGUAAAUGUUCAAUGACCACAUCUGACAUUUCUUUAAAGUGGCAUUCCAAGAAAUGCAGUCAUUCUUGCUGAUGAGUAACAAGUAUGUAUGGGUAAGUAUAACUCAACAAUACAGAGCCAGUGGAUUUUUUUCAAAAAAUCUAAUUGAAGAAAAAUAUUUUGACUGUUGACCCAAAGAUAAAGUAUGCUUUUCUUAACUUUUCUGUUUCAUUUCUUCAGUGUUGUGUGUAAUGUGAUUUUCAUUGCUGAAUGGAUUAAAAAUCGGAUUCUUUUAUAUGUAAUGCCUGCUGGAUAGCUUUUUCACUUUUGUUCCCCGUGACUUUUCAGAAGUGAUUUUGUAAGACUGACUCAAUAUGUUAUCCUUCAUGUCUGUAGUUAGAUUAUACUUUGGAUAUAGCAAACAUUUACAUUGUACAGAUAUUAGUUCCUCACUCCUUUCUCAUUCCACUCCAGAACUUUGGACAGACUGGCUGAUUUUGUCUGCUGUUUUCCUGAAGCCUAAACUCUCCUCGUGCCUCUCCUGCCGUUUCAUUGACCAUGUGGGCCCAUAUUGAGACAACUGUAGACCAUCCAAGACAUUUUGACUCUUGAUUUCAUAUCUAAUUGCACUACUUAAUAUGUUGCUCCUAAUUAUAUGUGGAGAGAUUUAUUAUUGCUCAUAUGCUAUUUCUGUUACUGUAUUUUGCUUUCUACAUUCACACCAUUACUGUGUCAGAAAUUGAUGGAAGCAAUUCAGUGAACAUAUUGUAAAAAGUGCCACGUAGUUUACGUCAAAUAACAUAUAUAACAUGCUCCCCUACAGUUUUGUAUUCUAAACUUUUGAUGCAUUUCAGAAAGAAAAUUGGAUUGAACUAUUAGAUGAAAUACAGGUAUUUUCACAGUAAAUGUUUGGCUGUUCAUAGUUGCUUAAAAUUGAUAAUACAGUAAGUAUGUACUUUAUUUGCUGAAUAUUAUUUUGAACUUGCAUUGAAAGCUUCUGUGAUAGCUCUAAACACUUGCUGUAGUGAGAAAUCAGAUGGCUAAUAAUCAUUUCCUUACAAUUUAUGCAAAAAAAUCAAUUGUAGAAAUAUAUCUUUUUAUAUGUGUGUGUGUGUGUGUACAGUGUCUUGUAUGUGUGUCUGUGAGUACGUUCAAGGGUGAAAUAGAGAUUACAGGUAUUCUAAAGUUCCCUAAAUUAUUUGACAACAGUUUGAAUUUCAUUGAAACCCUAAAGGUAUGUUCUACCUGGUAACUGCUUUACAUAUUCAUAAACUAAUUUUAAUAUUGUACUUAAGGUGGCUUGGUACACUGGAAUCUGCCAUGAGCUGCUUUUUUUGAAAGCAGUAGGUUUCAAUCUAAACUUGACAAGGUAGCAUGACAGUGAUGAAAUAAUUUUGGAUAACACUGCAUUAUGUGACAAAGGGCUAAUGUUAUGGGGGAAAGUCUGCAACAGUGUAGAACGAAGAAAGUUUGAUUAAAAUUACUGCAAGUUCCUUUGAAAGCGCUUAUUAUUCAGUGUGGAAAAGCACUGUAUAGAACUAAAUUAUUCAGGUUUAGUCCCUAAUCUAUGCUGCAUUGUUUAAUUUCACUUAGUUACAAUAAGGUACUGAAUCUAACCUCUAACGAAGGAAGAGAAAUUACCUAGGGCCCCCGAGUCCCCAUUAUUAGCCAUGUGUACAUACCAUGCUAACUGUUGUAGGUCAGAAUGGGAUUUUGUGGGCUGCCAGCGUUUGUUGAAAUAAAUCUUGCAUGUGUUAAUACUUUCCUGUUGAGAGGGGAAAGUGGUGCUAUCAUGUAAUUUUUACAAUUUUGAACAGUAAGCAAAGAGAUAUCAGCACUGGAUAUUUUUGGUGAGGAGAAGUUACCAUUUUACUUUGUAAUUUUCAUGGACCUUCCUUAAUGAUUAAGUUGGCAAACAGAUCAUGUGCUAUGAGCAAAGCAUAUACGAAGGAAGGUCCUAGAUUCUGGAGUCCUGAUUCGAACAGUUAUGUGAUCUUAGUUUAAGAAUUAUUGGGGUGCCAACAUUCACCUUUUGAUCUUUUGCUUAACACAAAAACACAAUUAUCUAGGGAUCCUUUGCUGUAUCUUGUCCAGGAGCUACCAUUAGAAAUGACGUGUUUAUGGUUGUUUGCUGUGGACCAAAACUGUUCAGGGCUGCAAGUAGCAAUUGCUUUCUAAGACUUUCCGUGACCACUUAAGUACUGUAUAGGGUGUUGUCACAUAUGGAAUUGACCCCAAACAGAAAUUUAAAAAUGAAUGCAUGGAAGGAUUGUAUUUCGGUUUAAAUUUUUGGUUGAAUGCAUAUUGUUACAUUAUUGUUUAGAGGUGCAGAUAAACAAACAUUCAGUACCUUAUACUUUCUCACUUAGCUUAUUUCAGAAAAGGUGAUGGUGUUUAAAGGAAUAAAGGUGAAUUAAACUCUUAAAUGUAUGCAUUGUCUACCCUGUGUUGGCAAUAAUUUGGCAGCCUUUUCCCACAUUAUCCAAAGUGCUGAUAAAUGAAGAUAGGCCCAACCAUCGAAGGAACUUUCUUCAGACAGUUUUAUUCUUUGUUUCCAAUGGCACACCUUUUCAGGAAAGCAUCUUCUGGACUAUUUAAUAAAUCGUAUGCUUCAUGAUGUUUUAAACAGGACAAAGCAAGUCUUGUAGAGUUGCAUCUCUUGCUCGCCAUUGAACAUUAUUGGUGUGAGGGGAAAUCACCUUUAUAGACUGGAUAGUCCUGUUAACCUAGUUUGAAGUGAUUAAUGGCAUAUUUUUGGAAGAACUGACGAAAUAAGCACAUUUGUAAAAUGGUGUUAAAACUCGUAAUGAAGUUUAAAAGUUUGGAGAAUGAUUAUUGAAAAUCUUUAGAUUACAGUAUCAUGAAGUAAUGAACAGCAACAGUAAAACUUGAACGUUCAUUUGUAAUAUAUGAAAGCUGGAGAAUAUCUUUGAAACGUAAUUACCUUUUUUGUUUAAAGACCCAUCAAGUCAGUACUAAAACAUGAUAUCCCUUUUUAAUAUUUGACUGUUUAAUGUAUUACAUGUGUAAAGUUUGUAUUUUUUACAUGUUUAAUUUUGUGUAAAGUACUAAGAUUUUACAAGAAGAAUCUAGUAAGGGAUAACUUAUCUCCGAAUCAGUAAGAGCCUAGAUGUACAGUAAGCAUGAAAAUGUGGCAAAUUAUGUAAAAAUUUAUAGAAUUCAAAAAUAUGUUCUAUUCUUAGACCUUUAUGACUGGUCUCUGAACAGAAAGUGACUGUGCUAAUUGGAAAGACUUUUGAUAUAUUUAAAUACAGUAUACAGUUUUAAACCGUACCUUACACACUGGAUAGACAACUGAACAUCUGUAGCAUCCACUAAGUGUAAUGAAUAGGUGGAACUGAGUAUAUACACACACACUAUAUAUAUGUAUAUAGUAUAUACUGUAGUGCUUUACAUUCCUGUUUGGAAUAAACGUUUUUUAGAA